AUGCCGAUGGACGAUCUGACAAAGGGAAGAAGAACACGCGCAGCGCACAGAUGGUCAGCAAUGAAGAUAGGGACGAAGAUAAAAGAAUGUUUAGCGAAUGCGAGUGAAACGCCUCCGACGGACAAGAAUGUGCUCAAACAGCUAAGAGACACGCUGAGCGAAAACUCGAAGACUUGAAACUUUUAGGCAAAGAGAUUGUCGAGGUUCUAGUAAGUAAUAGUGAAGCCGAAGACGCAGAACAACAGCUGGAAAAAGAAAUUCAGGAGACAAAUGAUACACGAGCUGAAUUACAAAAACUAACUCUCGACGUCAAGGACGCAUUGUUCGUAGCCUUGCCGUCACUACCACAAGGACAAAGUAAACCAUCGAACCUGAGUAUGAACGCUACAUCCAAACAGAUUGUUAGCGCAAAGCUCCCAAAGUUAGAGGUCAAAAGAUUUAAUGGGUAA